CGCCCGACUAACAGGUCUCGUGUUCACAGGAAGGCUCAAGGGCUCUGUUCUCGUGUCUCGACAAGCCCCAGUCUCGUUAGCCCUCCGAAAUGCCGAAGCCACAAAAGCAAGAGGGAGAGGACCCCGAUCCGACUCCAUACCUGUUCGUAUCGCUUGAACAGAAGCGUAUCGACCAAAGCAAGCCUUACGAUGGUAAGAAGGCUUGCUGGGUACCAGACGAGAAGGAGGGCUUCGUACAGGGAGAAAUUAAGGCCACCAAGGGCGACCUGGUGACCGUCAACCUUCCUGGAGGCGAGACAAAAGACUUCAAGAAGGAUCUUGUUGCUCAAGUCAACCCGCCCAAAUACGAAAAAUGUGAGGAUAUGUCCAACUUGACAUACCUCAACGACGCUUCAGUUUUGUAUAACUUGAAGCAGAGAUAUUACCACCAGCUCAUCUACACUUACUCGGGUCUCUUCUGUGUGGCUAUCAACCCUUACAAGAGAUUCCCCGUGUACACCUUCCGAUGUGCCAAGCUGUACAGAGGCAAGCGUCGCUCGGAAGUGCCACCCCACAUUUUCGCCAUUUCCGACGGCGCUUAUGUCAACAUGUUAACCAACCACGAGAAUCAAUCUAUGUUGAUUACCGGAGAGUCUGGUGCCGGAAAGACUGAAAACACGAAGAAAGUAAUUGCGUACUUCGCCACUGUUGGUGCCUCACAAAAGAAAGACCCUAACCAGGAGAAGAAGGGUUCACUUGAAGACCAGGUCGUCCAAACUAACCCCGUUCUUGAAGCCUUCGGUAACGCCAAGACCGUCCGUAACGACAACUCAUCUCGUUUCGGUAAAUUCAUCCGUAUUCACUUCGGCCCAUCUGGAAAACUGGCUGGUGCUGACAUCGAAACCUAUCUGCUGGAGAAGGCCCGUGUCAUCUCUCAACAAGCUCUUGAGCGUUCUUACCACAUCUUCUACCAGAUGAUGUCUGGAUCCGUUCCUGGACUUAAGGAGAUGUGUCUGUUAUCUAACGACAUAUACGAUUACUUCAUCGUAUCCCAGGGUAAGAUUACGAUCCCCAACGUCGAUGACGGUGAAGAAUGUCUGUUAACCGACCAAGCCUUCGACAUUCUGGGCUUCACCCAAGAAGAGAAGGACAACGUAUACAAGAUCACCGCCGCUGUCAUGCACAUGGGAGGCAUGAAGUUCAAGCAGAGGGGUCGUGAGGAACAGGCUGAAGCUGAUGGCACAGAGGAAGGUAACCGUGUUGCCACGCUUCUUGGUGUCGACGUCGCUGAUCUGUACAAGAACUUGUUGAAGCCCCGCAUCAAGGUCGGAAAUGAGUUCGUCACCCAGGGUCGUAACAAGGACCAGGUGCUCAACUCCGUGGGAGCCCUCUGCAAGGGUAUCUUCGAUCGUCUCUUCAAGUGGCUGGUCAAGAAGUGUAACGAGACACUAGACACCAAGCAGAAGAGACAGCACUUUAUCGGUGUGCUGGAUAUUGCUGGAUUCGAAAUCUUCGACUACAACGGUUUCGAGCAACUCUGCAUUAACUUCACCAACGAGAAGCUCCAGCAAUUCUUUAACCACCACAUGUUCGUACUCGAACAAGAGGAGUACAAGAAGGAGGGCAUUCAAUGGACUUUCAUCGAUUUCGGAAUGGACUUACUUGCUUGUAUCGAUUUAAUUGAGAAGCCCAUGGGUAUCCUCUCAAUCCUUGAGGAAGAGUCUAUGUUCCCGAAAGCCACCGACCAAACAUUCGUUGAGAAGUUGAACAACAACCACUUGGGCAAGUCUGCGCCUUACCUGAAGCCCAAGCCCCCCAAGCCUGGUUGCCAGGCCGCUCACUUCGCCAUUGGUCACUACGCCGGUAACGUCGGCUACAACAUCACUGGAUGGCUUGAGAAGAACAAGGACCCCCUCAACGACACCGUCGUUGACCAGUUCAAGAAGGGAGCCAACAAACUGUUGGUGGAGAUCUUCGCUGAUCAUCCUGGUCAGUCUGGUGGUGCCGAUGCUGGUGGUGGCAAGGGAGCUGGUGGCAAGCGUGCCAAGGGUUCCGCCUUCCAGACUGUAUCAUCACUAUACAGGGAACAAUUGAACAACCUGAUGACUACACUGAGAUCUACUCAGCCUCACUUCGUACGUUGUAUCAUCCCCAACGAAUUGAAACAGCCUGGUCUCAUCGACUCUCACCUUGUGAUGCACCAGCUGACAUGUAACGGUGUGCUUGAGGGUAUCCGUAUUUGCCGUAAAGGUUUCCCCAACAGGAUGGUGUACCCCGACUUCAAACUGCGUUACAUGAUCCUUGCACCAGCUCUAAUGGCUGAGCAAAAAGAGCCAAAAGAAGCGGCAAGAGUUUGCUUCGAAUCAAUUGGUCUCGACCCUGACCUGUACCGUAUCGGUCACACAAAGGUGUUCUUCCGUGCCGGUGUCUUGGGUCAGAUGGAAGAGUUGCGUGACGACAGGUUGUCUAAGAUCGUGUCAUGGCUCCAGGCCUACAUCCGUGGUUACUUGUCCCGCAAGGAAUACAAGAGGCUGCAAGAACAGAGGAUCGCUCUCCAAGUUGUGCAACGCAACUUGCGCAAGUACCUGCAGCUCCGCACCUGGCCCUGGUGGAAGAUGUGGCAGAAGGUCAAGCCCCUUCUCAACGUCACUCGCAUCGAGGAUGAGAUCGCGAAACUUGAGGAGAAGGCACAGAAGGCCCAGGAAGCUUUCGAGAAGGAAGAGAAACUCCGUAAGGAAGUUGAAGCACUCAACGCCAAGCUGUUGGAAGAGAAGCAGUCUCUGCUCGCUAACCUCGAGGGAGAGAAGGGUUCUCUCUCUGAAGUACAGGAGCGCGCUAACAAGCUCCAAGCGCAAAAGGCUGACCUCGAAAACCAACUCAGGGAUACCCAAGACCGUCUCACACAAGAGGAAGAUGCCCGCAACCAACUCUUCCAGGGCAAGAAGAAGUUGGAACAAGAAGUCUCUGGACUUAAGAAGGAUCUUGAAGACCUUGAGCUUUCAGUCCAGAAGGCUGAACAAGACAAGGCCACCAAGGACCACCAAAUCCGCAACUUGAACGAUGAGAUCGCCCACCAGGAUGAGCUCAUCAACAAGUUGAACAAGGAGAAGAAACUACAAGGAGAGAGCAACCAGAAGACUUCAGAGGAACUCCAGGCCGCCGAAGACAAGGUCAACCACCUUAACAAGGUCAAACAAAAGCUCGAACAGACCCUCGACGAGCUGGAAGACUCUCUUGAGCGUGAGAAGAAACUCCGCGGUGAUGUUGAAAAGCAAAGGAGGAAGGUUGAGGGUGACCUCAAACUUACCCAGGAAGCCGUCGCCGACCUCGAACGCAACAAGAAGGAACUCGAACAGACCAUCCAACGCAAGGACAAGGAAAUCUCAUCUCUCACUGCCAAACUGGAAGACGAACAAUCUUUGGUCAGCAAGGUCCAGAAACAGAUCAAGGAAUUACAGGCCCGCAUCGAGGAACUGGAAGAGGAAGUCGAAUCCGAACGCCAGGCCCGCGCUAAGGCUGAAAAGCAACGUGCCGACCUUGCCCGCGAGCUCGAGGAGUUGGGUGAGCGUCUUGAAGAAGCCGGUGGUGCCACAUCUGCUCAGAUUGAGCUGAACAAGAAGCGUGAAGCUGAGUUGAGCAAACUCCGCCGCGACUUGGAAGAGGCCAACAUCCAGCAUGAGGCUACCCUUGCCAGCCUCCGCAAGAAGCACAACGACGCCGUCUCCGAGAUGGGUGAGCAGCUCGACCAGCUCAACAAGCUCAAGGCUAAGGCUGAGAAAGAGCGCUCUCAAUACUUUAGCGAAGUCAAUGACCUUCGUGCCGGUCUCGACCAUUUGUCCAACGAAAAGGCUGCCCAAGAAAAGAUCGUCAAGCAACUGCAACACCAACUCAACGAGGUGCAAGGCAAGGCUGACGAGGCCAACCGUACCCUUAAUGACCUGGAUGCUGCCAAGAAGAAGCUCUCUAUUGAAAACUCCGACCUGCUCCGCCAGCUGGAGGAGGCUGAGUCUCAAGUGUCACAGCUAUCCAAGAUCAAGGUGUCCCUCACCACUCAGUUGGAGGACACCAAGAGGCUUGCCGACGAAGAAUCAAGGGAACGCGCUACUCUUCUUGGCAAGUUCCGCAACUUGGAACACGACUUGGACAACAUCCGCGAACAAGUGGAAGAGGAGGCCGAAGGCAAGGCUGAUCUUCAGCGCCAACUUUCAAAGGCCAACAGCGAAGCUCAAUUAUGGAGGUCCAAAUACGAGUCCGAAGGUGUUGCUCGCUCAGAGGAACUCGAGGAAGCCAAGCGCAAGCUCCAGGCCCGCCUCGCCGAAGCAGAGGAAACAAUUGAAUCACUCAACCAGAAGGUUGUUGCUCUUGAAAAGACAAAGCAGCGCCUUGCUACCGAAGUCGAAGACUUGCAACUCGAGGUUGACAGAGCUACUGCUAUUGCCAACGCUGCAGAGAAGAAACAGAAGGCAUUCGACAAGAUCAUUGGUGAAUGGAAGCUCAAGGUUGACGAUCUUGCAGCUGAACUCGAUGCUAGCCAGAAGGAAUGCCGCAACUACUCUACCGAACUGUUCCGCCUUAAGGGUGCCUACGAAGAAGGCCAAGAACAACUUGAAGCUGUCCGCCGUGAGAACAAGAACCUCGCUGAUGAGGUUAAGGACUUGCUUGACCAGAUUGGUGAAGGUGGCCGCAACAUCCAUGAAAUUGAGAAGGCCAGGAAGCGCCUUGAAGCCGAGAAAGAUGAGCUCCAGGCUGCUCUUGAAGAAGCUGAAGCUGCCCUUGAACAGGAAGAGAACAAGGUCCUACGUGCUCAACUUGAACUUUCUCAAGUCAGACAAGAAAUCGACAGGAGAAUCCAAGAGAAGGAAGAAGAAUUCGAAAACACCCGCAAAAACCACCAGCGUGCCCUUGACUCCAUGCAAGCUUCCCUUGAAGCCGAAGCAAAGGGUAAGGCUGAGGCUCUUCGCAUGAAGAAGAAGCUGGAGGCUGAUAUCAACGAACUUGAAAUUGCUCUUGACCACGCUAACAAGGCUAAUGCUGAAGCACAAAAGAAUAUCAAACGCUACCAACAACAAAUCAAGGAACUCCAAGCUGCUCUUGAAGAAGAACAGCGUGCCCGUGAUGAUGCCCGUGAACAGCUUGGUAUCUCAGAGCGUCGUGCUAAUGCCCUCCAGAACGAACUUGAAGAAUCUCGUACCCUUCUGGAACAAGCUGACCGUGCUCGCCGCCAAGCUGAACAAGAACUUGGUGACGCACACGAACAACUCAAUGAAUUGUCUGCUCAAAGCGCCUCAUUAUCUGCUGCUAAGAGGAAACUUGAGUCUGAGUUACAGACUCUCCACUCCGAUCUUGAUGAGCUCCUAAACGAGGCUAAGAACUCCGAAGAGAAGGCAAAGAAGGCAAUGGUUGACGCUGCCAGGCUCGCCGACGAACUUCGUGCUGAACAAGAACACGCUCAAACACAGGAGAAACUCCGCAAGGCCCUUGAACAACAGAUCAAGGAACUGCAAGUCAGGCUUGAUGAAGCUGAAGCUAACGCACUUAAGGGAGGAAAGAAGGCCAUUCAGAAGCUCGAACAGAGAGUACGAGAACUCGAGAAUGAAUUGGACGGUGAACAAAGGAGGCACGCUGACGCACAGAAGAACCUUAGAAAGUCUGAGAGACGUAUCAAGGAAUUGACCUUCCAGGCUGAGGAGGACCGCAAGAACCAUGAACGCAUGCAAGACCUUGUUGACAAACUUCAACAGAAGAUCAAGACCUACAAGAGGCAGAUUGAGGAAGCAGAGGAAAUCGCUGCCCUCAACUUGGCCAAGUUCCGCAAGGCACAACAAGAGUUGGAGGAAGCCGAGGAGAGAGCCGACCUAGCCGAGCAAGCCAUCAGCAAAUUCCGUGGCAAAGGACGUGCUGGAUCUGCUGCAAGAGGAGUCAGCCCGGCGGCGUCCAUUAAAGGACGUCCCUAGAUCACCACAGCAGUCAAUCCCCCACGUUCGCGCCCAGCAUUUGAUGGCUUCGGCACCUUCCCACCAAGGUUCGACCUAGGGCCCGAAAACGAUUUCUAAACGUUCCACUUAAAAAAAAUAAUGGACUGUAAAUUAUUUCGUUAAACCAAUAUUUAUUAUAACAGCUGUGUAAAAAUCGCGUGAACGAUCAACUGUAAGGCUAAAAUUUGUAAAUUUACACGAAUAUUAGUAAAGUUGUCCUUACAAAACAUUAUUUUGUAAUUUGUUGAUAUUUAUUUAUAAUUAUUUAUUACCGUGGAGUAUAUAUUGUAUCGUACAGACGGGCGAGAGGUGCGGUGGUUCCCGCGGCAUCUUAGAGACACACCACACAACCUUCUACCGGACCGCCGCCGAACCGACCGUCCGUCUAUUGACAUUCAAUAAAGCGAUAUCGUUGUCAUACAAUUUA